AUGUAUCGUGCUUUCCAGUUCACGCCCUCGAAGGAUUCCGCUGAGAGCUCAAGCCAUUAUGAAGAACCUCCCAAUUACACUAAUCCACAAAAUGAUAGUGGUUCUGAUUCCGAACCCUUCACUGAUGGAUCUUCAACACGCCUUACAACUCCCACUUCUGCUUUAUCAGAGAGCAAUGCUAAUUCGCCUGCAGCUGGUUCAUUUGAAGAAUUUGAGAGCAGCUAUGCUGAUAAGGUACAUACUUUGCCACAUGCUGACUUCAAAGAAUUAGAGGUUAGCAUUAAUGUCACAAAAGAUGCCCCUAUUGACACUAAAAAAAGUUAUGAGAAGGAGGCACUUUUGAAAGAAUACACUUCUGGCGAUAUUGUACAUGGCAAUGUGAUUAUUCAUAAUACAUCCGAUAAGCCUAUUCAAUUUCAAAUGUUUCAUGUUACCUUAGAAGGAUAUAUUACAAUCGUUGACAAAGAUAAUAAGAAGCAAUUUAUCAAAAGGUUUUUAACAAUGGUUGAUAUGAGUGCUAGUUGGUCACAUGGUUGUGUUUCUCCAGCUGCAAAUAUUUCAUUUGAUCCACUUUCUAAAGAUGAAGAAGGUUGUGUUCUUGGGUUGAGAUAUGACAGAAUUAUUGAAGCCCAUACAAAGCAUAAGAAGUUUUUUGCGUUCAAGUUUCCAUACAGUUUGCUGGAUAAUGUCUGUCGUCAUCAACAAGAAGUCCAUUCUCUUUUGCCACCAAGUUUUGGGGUUGAUAGGGUCAAAAGCAACGGGAAAUUUUCAAGAAUACCAUUCAGUCCAGCUCUUAAUUAUGGCCACCUUGGUACACAUGGAUCACCAAUAUUGACAAAUGACAUUUCUGAAGCAAAGCUUUGUGUGAGCUAUAGUAUUAAUGCUAAAGUGAUAGGCUCUAGUCAAAAGAUACCGACGGCUUUAUGUGUGUGGAAGGAGGAGGAAUAUGCUUUACGUUUCAUCCCAUUUGGGUUUGCUGUACCUUUGUUUUCUUCAAAGAAAUGUUUAGAUUCCAUGGUUCAAAGUAUUGAGCAUGGAUUUCAAAUGGCUAGUCGUGCUUUGAAAUUGAAAGUUGAGGGAAAAUUGGAUGAAGUCAGAAGAUUUGAUUUAGAAAUUAAACAUAGACAACUCAGAGUUUCUUCUAAUGAUUACGCUGGUAACCAAACUCAAAGUUUUCCUUUAAGGAAUAAGAGCUUUGGAGGCUCUGAUUUCUCAAAAGUUGAAGCUCAUUUGAAAUAUUUAUACCCAAGAAGUACAUCAAGUUUCUUGACGGCCAGAGUCAAGGCCAAUCAAACGGGUAUAACCAAAAGUGGGUUAAUCAAAAUUUCAACAACGAUUCCAAAAGAUGGGCUUCCUUAUAAGUCACCAAAGCUUUUGAAAAAGAUAAAUGAAGUUUCAAAUCUGUCGGAAACUGGACUGAAAAACUAUGAUGUCUUAUCUUCUUCAUUGUCGAUGACUGAAAAGCAAAAGCUGACUAAACUGAGACUUUAUUUGAAUUUUACACCAUCAGAUAAUUCAUUAGAGGUAGCACCACCACCAAUCAAAUUUGUAAAGACAACUUUACUAGUGUUCAAUAUAUAUUCAUCAUCUCCAAUUCCAAUCAAACUUUCUCAAGAUCUGUUUUUGGAAGAGAAAAAUUUGGAGCAAUUAAAGUCAAAGUUUGAUGGAUAUUACAAAGCAUUUACCGAAUUGCAAAGUGAAUUAAAAUCAAAUUCUAUUGAGAUAAACUCUUACCUGGAUAACUCAAUUCUUCAAGACAUCAUAUCAAUGAAAGAUUUGCAAGUCGACAAAUUCUCAAUACAAGCAUUUGAUUCUUCAAUUGAUGAAUCCACAUGGAAUCUGUCAAAAAAAGCAGAAGAUCGAAGAAUUUGGGAGAGGGAUAUAACAUUGUCCUUCACCUUCAAAGAAAAAAUGUCUGAAACACUGAUUCCAAAUUUUCAAAGUUGUAUUCUUUCGAGAGUUUAUUCCAUUGGAGUUAAAUUUGGGUUCAAAAACGGUCAAAGCUGUGAGCUGUUUGUUCCUAUUCGUAUUAGGAAGUUUGAUGAUCUUUAG